AUGGACCCAAAAACCAUAAAACAACAGAGACCAGAUCAAGUACCAAAAAACAAGGAAAACAAUUCUAGUCAAUUUACUUAUUUGAUAAUACACGCAACUGGAGAAAAACCUUUAUCGAAAUGCUCUCCUUUCUUAAUACAAAAACUGUUUGAAUCGACUAUUGGACAUUUGAAAAAAUUUAAAAAAUUGAGAUCGGGAGAUUUACUCAUAGAAACAGCCUCACCUCAACAGUCGGCAAAACUCUUAACAACAAAGACACUGGGAGACAUGGAAGUGACUGUCACACCACACGGAAGUUUAAACUCAUUUCGUGGUGUGAUAUCUGAGGUUGAUCUGAUGUCUGAAGAUGAAUCAGAUAUUCAAAUCGGCCUUUCAGACCAAGGCGUCACUGCUGUCCGACAUAUCUCCAUUUGUCGAGAUGGCAAGUUGAUACCAACUAAACAUCUCAUUCUUACUUUCUGA